AUGACCACCCGCAGAGAAAUGUCGGGCAGGGAAGGUGGUAAAAAGAAACCUCUGAAGGCCCCUAAAAAGGAAGCAAGGGAAAUGGAUGAAGAUGACCUUGCACUCAAACAAAAACUGAAAGAACAACAAAAAGCUUUACAGGAAGCCAAGGCUAAGGCAAAUCAGAAGGGGCCACUGACUCAAGGUGGUAUUAAAAAAUCCGGAAAAAAG